AUGGCUGACCCUCUUCACUGACACCUCCCCCCUCCCACUCCAGUCAUAGUCUCUAAGGCUAUAGUUGACCCUCCUCACUGACCCUUCCCCCAUGAUGGUUUGUAUAUGCUUGGCCCUCUCUGGACUUGGGCUUCAGUUCUGGCAACAUGGCUAAGCGCACCAAGGUCGGGAUAGUCAGGAAAUAUGGGAUCUGUUAUGGUGCCUCCCUCCAGAAAAUGAAGAAAAUUGAAAUCAGCCAGCGUGCCAAGUACACUUGCUCCUUCUGUGGCAAGACCAAGAUAAAGAGACGAGUCAUUGGCAUCUGGCACUGUGGUUCCUGCAUGAAAAUAGUGGCUGGCGGGGCCUGGACCUACACCACCACCUCUGCAGUCACAAUGAAGUCGGCCAUCAGAAGACUGAAGGAAAUGAAGACCAGUAGGAGCCCUACCAUCUGAGAUUUGCCUAGCCUGCAAUAAACAGGUUAUUUACAUUAAAAAAAAGAAAAAAGAAAACACUUCUGAGAUUUUACCUCAACGAUGCUGGUCUCUUAAUUGCCACUAAUUUCUUAGCUCCAGCCAACCAGCAUCAAUUUUCCCAGUAUUCUUUUCUAUUUUUGACUCUUAAAGCCAGAGCCAUAUGGCCAAAGGUGCUGAGUUCUGCUGCUUGCUGGGGCUGGAACAUG